GGGAAGGAGACUGCUCCCGCCCAAGAUCCCCAGCCCAAUCCCGAGGCUGGUGGCUUGCGGGUGGCUUCUGUUAUCUACGCGUAACCCGGGGCUGAACAAGCUUGGCGCCUUCUCGGGAGUCUGUGGGCGCCUGCGUUAGCCCUCGAGAUAGCUGAGAGACAUGGCGCUGCUGGCGUUUCGUUUGGGCCGAGGAGCUUUCCCGGCCGGUCCUCCCCUCCGGAAGUUGCUGCGGGAAUUGAAUUUUGUGCACCGGAGCUAUAUACCAAGUACCACUUUGAAUGAAGUGGUCAUAGUCAGUGCAAAAAGGACCCCUAUUGGAUCUUUUCUAGGAUCUCUUUCCUCACUUCCAGCCACUAAACUUGGUUCUGUAGCAAUUCAAGGAGCCAUUGAAGCAGCAGGGAUUCCCAAGGAAGAAAUUAAAGAAGCUUACAUGGGCAAUGUUCUGCAAGGGGGUGAAGGACAAGCACCAGCCAGGCAGGCUGUGCUUGGAGCAGGUUUACCUAUCUCCAUUCCAUGCACCACUGUCAAUAAAGUUUGUGCUUCAGGAAUGAAAUCUAUUAUGAUGGCAUCUCAGAACCUAAUGUGUGGCCAUCAGGAUGUGAUGGUUGCAGGUGGAAUGGAAAGCAUGUCAAAUGUUCCAUAUGUAAUGAGCAGAGGAGCAACUCCUUAUGGAGGAGUAAAACUUGAAGAUUUAAUAGUUAAAGAUGGAUUAACAGAUGUCUACAAUAAAAUUCAUAUGGGUAACUGUGCUGAGAAUACAGCCAAGAAGCUUAAUAUUUCACGAGAAGAACAAGAUGCUUAUGCCAUAAAUUCUUAUUCUAGAAGUAAAGCAUCUUGGGAAGCUGGAGUAUUUACAGAUGAAAUUAUUCCUGUUACAGUUUCACAAAAAGGUAAACCAGACAUAGUGGUAAAAGAAGAUGAAGAGUACAAGCAUGUUGAUUUUACUAAAGUCCCAAAGCUGAAGACAGUUUUCCAAAAAGAAAAUGGCACAGUGACAGCUGCCAAUGCCAGCACACUAAAUGAUGGAGCAGCUGCUUUGGUUCUGAUGACAACAGAUGCAGCCAAGAGGCUCAAUGUUAAGCCACUGGCCAGAGUAGCAGCAUUUGCAGAUGCUGCUGUAGCACCUAUCGAUUUUCCAAUUGCACCUGCUUAUGCAAUACCAAAGAUUCUAAAAACUUCAGGAUUGAAAAAAGAAGAUAUUGCAAUGUGGGAAGUAAAUGAAGCUUUUAGUUUAGUUGUAUUAGCAAAUAUGAAAAUGUUGGAUAUUGAUCCCAAAAGAGUGAACAUCAAUGGAGGUGCUGUUUCUUUGGGACACCCAAUUGGGAUGUCUGGAGCAAGAAUUGUUGUUCACAUGGUCCAUGCCUUGAAACAAGGAGAGUAUGGUCUUGCAGGGAUUUGCAAUGGAGGAGGUGGUGCUUCUGCAAUACUAAUCCAGAAAUACUAGAAUAAUGAAGGAAGUACCCUCACCUGUAUUUGUGAAGAGAAGAGAUCAGCCAGUUAAUAAUUAAGGGUGUGAGACAGGAUGAUGUACAGUUGUACAGAGUCCAUAUAUAACAUUAAUAAAGUUUUCUUAUCAUUGGAUUUGAUAAUCUUAAGACAUAUUUAGCUAAAAAAGGGAUCCUUAAUAAUCUUAUUGAUUUCAAGGAAAAUAAUCUUGAAUAUGAUUGUUAUUCAUACUUUACUGCAGUCCACAGUGGUAGGACUGUGUGAGUGCCUUCCAAGAAGCCCUAUGUUUCAUUUUGGUUAAACGGGGUGUGCUUAAAGCUUUUUCUUAAAUGUAAUAUAUAUGGUCUAAUUAAUUUGAUAAGAAGUUGUUUCCAACCUACAGUUUAAUUCUCUUUGGGAUCUAGCUGUUUUAAAUACCACUUUUACUUAUCUAAGCCAGAGCUGGAGUAGCUAGAAUGCCAAUCCUGGAGUUUGAAGAUCUGAGUUCAUAUUUGGCCUCAAAUACCAACUAGCUGGGUGAUCCUGGGCAAGUCACUUAACUCUGUUUGCCUCUCAAUUUCUUCAUCUGUCAAAUGAGCUGGAAAAGGAAGUGGCAAAACACUCCAGGACUUUUGUUGAAAAAACUCCAAAUGGCAUCAUGAGUUAGACAUGAUUGAACAACAACAAAGCCAGUUGUUCUUUUGGCCUCUCAUGCAUCUACUGCUAUAGUCUAGGUGAAUCCUAAUGUCUCUGGUUUGUACCCAUGGCUUUUUAUUGUAAAUUUCAAAUAACAUAAUCUAGUGGCCUUAAUAUUAUUAUAUGCAGUUAAUAAAUACAUUGUACAUUUUAAA